AUGGAGAACCGGAACUCGCUUGUGGCUAUGGCCAAGCGAAAUUCGGCAUACCUCGUGCCUAUGAACAUUAUAGAUCCUCGAGCCUCGUGGACUGGUCACCAUGGCCAGCCGGGGCAGCCGCCCGCCCCUACGUACCCAUCGAGCAACGUACGACGUAUCGAAGAAGAUGAACUGUCGCUCACUAGAGCCGAAACGAACGAUUCGCUCAAGGACGACCUGAAGGUUGAAGAGAAAGAGGAUGUCGUACUGGGAAGUACGGAAAUCUUCGACAAAGACGGCAACAUUAGGCUGGUCCCUACGCCGACGCCCGAUCCGAAAGACCCUCUGAACCUCAAAGAAUGGCGAAAAUGGCUCGCGGUCGCUUCCAUGUGCUUCUUUGGCUCUAUCUCGCUGGCGGCAGAGAUCGCCAUCGCCGGCUUGACCCCGGUCUUCCUCCUCGAGUACUCCGGCGUUGAUCCCGCUUCGACUCUGAAACAUGCCGACCUCAAAGGCAACCCGGACCCUCUGGCCGUUAUCCCUCCUGGUGUACAGCCUGUCUCACUCGCCCAGGUGUCUCUUCUGGCCACGAUUCCUCUUCUCAGUAACGGCUUCGCAACAUACUUGCUGGUCCCAUUGUCCACAGCCAUCGGCAGGCGGCCAGUCCUCAUCUUGACGUCUACACUAUCUUGGGCUUCGGGCUUUUGGGCGGGUGCUAGCACGUCACUGACCAGCCAUAUUGCUGCACGGGUUUUCCACGGCCUCGGAUCAGGGGCUGUGGAGGCCUUGCUUCCCCUGAUUGUGCAGGAUAUAAUGUUUAUCCACCAACGCAACAAAGCCGUUGCCGCUAUCAUUGCAGCUCAGGGUCCAAUGAUCAUCACUUUCGGAAUUUUGGCGCCCUGGAUCUCAGUUAACUACACUUGGCGCUGGGUGUAUUACAUCACAUCUGCUAUUGGCAUAUUUGCGUGGUUCACCUUGAUCGCCUUCGUACCCGAAUCCAGGAGGCAGCGGACCAAGGCAGAGCUUGCUGGUCAGCAGCUCUGGCCGGUCGAGCCGGGCGAGAGCCGUACAAAGCUGGACUAUGUUGCCUAUGGUCGCCGCACGAAGUGGGAUGACAUUGGCUUCUUCCAGUAUGGGUAUGAAUGGAAAGAGGGUGCCAGCCAAAUUCUCGCCACAGCCAAGACUACAUUCUUCCCGGCUGUAAUAUUUUGCACCUUGUUACAGACCGCAUUUGGCAUCGUGAUGGGCGCCAGUGGACAGGCUGUCUCGUUCGCUCUUCUUGCUGCUGGAAUACCGUUCGAGCUGACCGGUCUGAGCAACCUCACUCAGAUCGUGUCCACCAUUGCCGUCUUCGUCAUCGGUGGUGCUCUUUCUGACAAGGUGACAUUGUGGAUAUCAAAGCGCCGUGGAUCUCGCGAGCCCGAGUACCAGCUCAUCAACCUCAUCACCCCGAUCGUCUUUGCCAUAAUUGGUGCUAUAGUGUUUGGCUACGCAGACCAGUUCCACCUCCACUACAUGGUCCUGCUUCUUGGACAAUUCUUUCUCAUGACUUCCCCACUCAUGGCCGCGCCAAUCAUAAACAACUAUGUCAUAGAGUCAUAUCCGCAGUGGGCAGGCGCUGUCUUGACGAACGUCUCUGUGCUCCGCAUAUUUACCUCUUUUUACUUCAACACACAAGUGACAACUUGGAUAUCUCAACUUGGCCCCCUCAAGUUUAUGUCGUACAUCGCCGUGGCUUUACUGGUUGUGUCAUCCGGUAUCCCGCUCCUUUUCGUCUACGGGAAGAAGCUUCGGAGCCUCACAAGUGGCAAGGUCAAGAAGGCAAGAAAGGGUGGUUCGAAAUGGCAAGAUUAA